UCUUCUACACAGCAUUGGGCAAGCACGUAUCAGUUGGAUAAGAAAAAGUUGGAUUUUAUAACAUUUUGCACAGCCACAGUCAAAACAUGCAACGUGGGCUGGAACAUUGAUUAUAUUCCUAUGAAAAUCGGAAGCAAAAUUGAUUUUAUGUUCCUUGAGAUCCAACGUUUGCCAUGAAGCUCUACAACUUUGCGUUGUACCAUGAGACACUCCUCAGAUCACAUUGUCCAUCACUGAUGAUGAUGAUGACAGCCUGGAAAAGAUGCUGCAGCAAGGUUCUACAGUCUGUGAUUGGUUCGACUGGCCAGCAGCGAACCGCAGCCAACAUGUGCAUGUCUUCACCAGGGCCAGGGGAUAUACUGAACUCAGAUCGUCGCCAAGUUUCGAUUCCAGAAAAGAGGAACCAUACAACAGUAAUAGGAAGAAACGCAAACGUGUGUAGGAUUCACGGUGUUGUCUUUAGACUCAAUUAUGGGACAAGGAAAAGCCAAGUGGACGCUAUGUCUCGGACCAAGCAAAACUGGCGCUCAAUUGCACCUUGCCAAAGAUUGAUAUCAAGUCAAGAGAUCUUCCAACAGAGAAGAGGGUAUCUCAAUUGUAGACAAUCUUCUUUCCUAGACAGUCCUCUAACAAGAUGCUUUCAUAGCUCUUCUAAAAGAUACAGAAAGGACAGAAAGCAACCUAAGGAGAGAGCAGAAGUUACAGAGAGUACAGAAGAGGACAGGAAUCCUGACAUUGAUCUUGACUCUGAUGUCACUUAUAGUGAAGAUGAAGACGAGGAGUAUGACAGUGAACUUGAUGAGGAGGACUUGGCAGAAGAGUUGUACGAAGAGCAAGUGACCUUGGUGACCCCCAAGGGAGGCCACAAGGUCGUUGUGGUACAGCCCAAUGUGAAGUGGGGAGCUAAGAAACAACACCUUACUACAGGUGAGCUGAUGCUGGCAGAGUCUGUGGCCCUUGUGGAGACGUUACCACACUGGAAGGUGGUGCACACAGUCCUGAUGUCUACUAAAACACCAGACAAGAAGACAGUCUUCGGAAAGGGCAACUUUCAGGCCUUAACAGAGAAAAUCAAGGCCAUGAAAGAUGUGACUGCAGUGUUCCUGAGUGUUGAGGCUCUGACAGGCCGGCAGCAAAAACAGAUGGAAGAGGCAUGGGGAGUCUCUGUGUUUGACAGAUACACAGUUGUGCUACAGAUCUUCAAAGACCAUGCACGGACCAAGGAGGCAAGGAUGCAGAUAGCCCUGGCAGAGAUUCCCUAUCUUAAGAUGAGGAUAAGUGAGGAGGUUGCCAACCUUGACCAGCAGCGAGGGGGGGUGAGGACUCGUGGAGGGGGUGGGGAGACGUUCCGAGAGCUCCGGAAGAGGGUCCUGAAGCAGAAGGAGACGGCCAUCAAGAAGGCCCUGGUACGACUUAAGAAGAAACGUGACCUCCUCAGGUCGGGCAGGACAAAGAAGGAGAUACCUGUAGUGUCUGUUGUGGGGUAUACUAAUUCAGGUAAAACAACCCUUAUAAAGGCCUUGACCGGUGAGGAGCGGAUCCAGCCACAGGACCAGCUGUUUGCCACGCUGGACGUCACGGCCCACGCCGGUCAGCUGCCCUCCAAGAUGACCGCCCUGUACGUGGAUACAGUGGGGUUCCUGUCACAGCUGCCUCACCAUCUCAUCGCUUCAUUCAAUGCCACUUUAGAGGAUGUCAGGCUGUCUGAUUUGAUUGUUCACAUUCGAGAUGUGAGCCACCCAGACACUGUGAACCAGAAACACAACGUCCUACAGGUUCUCAGCAACUUAAAACUACCUCAGCAUCUACUGGACAACAUGAUAGAGGCCAACAACAAGAUAGACCUGUUGGAUGGAGAAAGCUCAGUACCAGAGGAAGAUGACAGCACUGUUAUAAACAUCUCAGCCCUGAAGGGUACAGGACUGGACAGGCUGAGGGAUGUGGUAGAGGAGAGGCUGUUUGAAGCCACAGAUACAGUCAAGACUACGCUCAGGAUUCCCAUGGCUGGACAACAACUCAGUCAACUGUACAAGACAGCCACAGUCCAGGGUGUGCAGGUGACAGAAGAUGCUGAGCACUUGGAUGUUGAUGUCAUCGUGGGAAAAGCUGCAUUUGCCAAGUUCAUGCAUGCAUUCAAAGGAAAAGUGAGACAGGCUUAGAAGUAUAGAAUACUUUGUCAUUCAUGAUAACUUACCAGUACUAAAGUUUUAGGGUACUAUGUAAGUCAAUGUACUGAAAGACACUCAACUUAACGUAUAUAUAACGUAAUUCUUAGCAUUUUUACAGUGGUUUAUGUUACAUCUAGAUAGCUCACAUCUCGUUACCAAAUGAAGUGCAUUAAACUGAUCAUGUGCCUAAUAAUUGACAAAAGAGUUGAUUAUAACACAAUACCAGUAACAAUAAAGUUUUGACAUCUAUCA